GCCUCUACAAAAACCGGAAACUCUUUGUUGAGGAAGACGUGAGGAGUUUAGAACAGCGACUGAUUAUUACUUUUUCCUAAAGGUUUCGGUUCAUUUUUUUUGUAAAAUCACAACAAUGUCCGGCUCCUCCAACAUCAUAGCUAUGAAGAAAAUCGUGCAGCAGCUGCGUCUAGAAGCCGGCAUUAACAGAGUGAAGGUGUCCCAGGCUGCCGCAGACCUGCAGCAGUUCUGUCUCCAGAACGCACAGCAGGACCCUCUGCUCACCGGCAUGUCGUCCAGCAACAACCCGUUCAGACCACAGAAAGUCUGUUCCUUCCUAUAGCACCCGCGCAGGCAAACCCACCCUCUGCCUCUGUUUUGGACACUGUGGUGCCUUGUGGAGACGAGCUACAGGAUCCAGCGUCAUGGACUGGAAUUGUCUCAGGAGUGUUUUUGAGAACAAACAACUAACUUAAGAGUUUUUUUUUUUUUUUUUACUUCGCCUUUGUAAAAUCUGAUACAGAAACAUUUCAAGGUGUUUAGGGGGCACAAUAGAUGUCUUAACCCGCCUGCUUUAUAGUAACUAACCGAUAUCAACACACACUGUGCCUGUGAAUUGUACAUUGAUAAAAAUGGUAUUUCCACAUUUUAAACGUUUAUUAAAAUGAGCAUAAAACCA